AUGCAAGUCCACGAGCACCCCGCCUCAACCCCCAUCCUGCGGCGCGCCCUAAGAACCGCCCUACCCUACAGUGUCAAUCUCGUCUACAGAAUCCAGCACCCAAACCGAACCGAACACGCCCACAUACUCGCCACAUUCUCACCGUCAGCCACUGAAAUACCAGAAUGCUGGGCAGCGGCCUACCUCGAUCGCUCCAUGCGCCCAGAGACCGAACUUUGGAUCUUUAGUAACGCAGAACAGCCACAUCACUCGAAUGCAACACCGGAGUUUCGUCAAGAGAGCAAGAAGGCGAUAUUGGCAUUACUAGAAUAUAUGGCUACACUUCCUACUCCACCAAUGCGUUCCGAUAAUCUACCUGCUCUGGAGCUGGCAAAGCAACACGAGAAAGACUACCCAACCCCACCAGCAUCCGGCGCAUACGAAUCCUCACCAGGAACAUAUAUGCGACAUCUUCUCAUGCCCCAAGUAGUCACUUUGGGUGCAUGCCACCGCGAUGUAGUCGAGAUCCUCCGCGAAGCAGGAGUCUUGCGCACCGAGCUUCCAGGCCCCGACGCAGAGCUGAACAAGUUCUUGUUCAAGCUUUCUGAUCUUCCAGAGACGCGAGAGCUACCCAAGGGAUUACGGUGGGGUGAGAUGCGCGAGCAGGAUAUCGAUGUCGUCAAAGCCAGGACGUCUAUUCCAAGGACGACGAAGACACUCAUGUCACUAAAGAGUGUGGGUGUUUUUGAAGAAGAGACAGACACAGCAGUAGCGUGGACAUUUCUCGGUUUAGAUGGUUCUCUUGUUACGCUACAUACAGAAGAAGCACAUCGAGGAAAGGGGGUAGCAAAGGCCGUUGCAGCGAAGCUGUUUCGACAGUAUGCCCCAGGGUUAGCAGUAGACGACGACGGCAAUGCAUGGUCACACGCGGACGUAUACUUGGGCAAUGCGCAAAGUGAAAGCGUUUGUCGAAGCUUAGGAGGCAAGCCGCUCUGGAGGUGCUUUUGGGUGCGGAUAGACCUAGGUAGGGCGGGUCAUCCUGCAAAGGCUGUCUGA